CCAUGUUGCUAGUGGCAACACUAGUCGGCCAGCAACGCCAAGAAUUUUUGUUGUUUGGCGCCUUUCAGGCCGGUAAUUUUUUGUGAAAAUAAUAUCAGCUUGCGUUUUUGGUGAAGAAAUUGCUGAAAUAUAAUAAAAUGGGAGAUAAAGGAGACGGAGAAACCUUUGAUGACGCGGUGGAGGAGAGAGUUAUCAAUGAAGAAUAUAAAAUAUGGAAAAAGAAUACUCCAUUUUUGUACGACUUGGUGAUGACACACGCACUGGAGUGGCCGUCGUUAACCGCUCAGUGGCUCCCAGACGUGACGAGGCCUGAAGGGAAAGAUUAUUCCGUUCACAGAUUGAUAUUGGGCACCCACACAUCAGAUGAACAGAACCACCUCCUCAUCGCGAGUGUGCAGCUUCCUAAUGAGGAUGCCCAGUUUGAUGCUAGCCACUAUGACAAUGACAAGGGUGAAUUUGGUGGUUUUGGAUCAGUGUCGGGAAAGAUUGACAUUGAGAUUAAGAUCAACCAUGAAGGGGAGGUGAACCGCGCUCGGUACAUGCCUCAGAACCCCUGCGUCAUCGCCACCAAAACCCCCUCAUCUGAUGUGCUCGUGUUUGAUUACACAAAACAUCCAUCGAAGCCCGAACCCUCUGGGGAGUGCCACCCUGAUCUAAGGUUGCGAGGACACCAAAAAGAGGGAUAUGGUUUGUCAUGGAACCCAAAUCUCAAUGGGUACCUUCUAUCAGCCAGCGACGACCACACGAUCUGCCUGUGGGACAUCAACGCGGUGCCGUCGGAGGGCCGCGUGAUCGAGGCCAAGUCCGUGUUCACCGGACACACGGCCGUGGUGGAGGACGUGGCCUGGCAUCUGCUGCACGAGUCGCUCUUCGGCUCCGUGGCCGACGACCAGAAGCUCAUGAUCUGGGACACCAGAUGUAACAACACGUCGAAGCCGUCGCACACGGUGGACGCGCACACGGCGGAGGUCAAUUGUCUCAGCUUCAACCCCUAUUCCGAGUUCAUACUGGCCACCGGCAGCGCUGACAAGACUGUAGCCCUGUGGGACCUGCGUAACCUGAAACUGAAGCUGCACUCGUUCGAGUCGCACAAGGACGAGAUCUUCCAGGUGCAGUGGUCACCGCACAACGAAACCAUCCUCGCCAGCAGCGGCACCGACAGGAGACUGCACGUGUGGGACCUGUCCAAGAUAGGCGAGGAACAGACGGCGGAGGAUGCGGAGGACGGCCCGCCGGAGCUGCUGUUCAUACACGGCGGACACACAGCCAAGAUCUCAGACUUCUCCUGGAAUCCCAACGAGCCCUGGGUCAUCUGUUCCGUGUCCGAGGACAACAUCAUGCAGGUCUGGCAAAUGGCAGAGAACAUUUACAACGACGAGGAACCAGAGACGCCCGCCUCGGAGCUGGAGUCCGGCGUCAACGUCAACCACGGAUAGACACUUUGUUUUAUAAACAACAUAUGCAAACACGCGCACAGAGCGACACGACUCGAAGUUACCGAAGGAAAUAAAUGUUAAAGAGGUACCAUACUAUUGUCAAAUUUAUCUGCAUUGGUGAACCUAUAAAUAUUUAACUUUAAUACAAUUACCGUUUUUUUAACUCAAUAAAUGGCGCCACGGGUUAAACUGCGCGCAAUAACAAUGUCCAAAUAUUUUUUAGAAAUUAACUUUUCACUACACCAGCGCUCCUAGCUGCGAAUUCAGUCGUAUUAGCCCUCAUUUAACCAACAAGCCGCCAUCAACGUGGCCUACUAGUUUCGCCAUUCUUGUCUCUGUCUACCCCGUAAGGGACAAAGACGCGAUAGUGAAUCAAUACCUAUCUGUAUAAAAUUCCAGAUCAAAAUAUAAAUAAUAAAUAUCUAGUGCGCUAAAUGUCAACUCGUAAAAUUAAACAUAUUUUUCGUGUAUGUGUUAAAUUAGAAAGUAAAAAAAGAUGCCACUUCUCUCUCUAGCCCUUCAAUUAUUAGAGUGAAUUUUCUUUUGAUAUAAGGCUUUUUCCACAGGAAAAAAUCACAUUUCAUUUUUACGUGAAAGAAGGACACUUGUACAUUUAUAAUGUAGUAUGGGAUUUAUAUGCUCUUAUAUAAAAUAACCUUUUACUUUCUCGGUAGUAAUGUGCUUAGAUAAUACAUAAUAUACAGUUUAUUUUUUAAUAAACAAUGCGGUGCAAAUCAUUAGAUAGUAGGUACUUUGGGUCGUGUCACGUUAGAACCAUGUUACUACAAAAUAAAAUGUGUUUUUGCUGGUAUAAAAACGUCAAUUUAUUUUUUGUAAUAAUAUGGGAAUGGUUAAGUUUGUAAAUCCUGCCCGCCUUAUGAAAAUGUUAUGCUUUGUUUUGUCCCUCUCUCUUUUCAGUAAUCGAUAUUUUUUUGAUAACAUAUUUUGCCCCAAGUUCGAGACUUGCGUUAUGGGAAAUCCAGGUCAAUCUGAAAAGAUCAUUUUCCAUCUUGACCUGACCGGGUAUCGAACCCGCACCUCCAGUGUAGCAGUCCGGCAUAGUAACCAUUGGCAUGAGGUCGUCGCAUUGAAAGAACGAGACAAAAUAUAGAAUAACUAUUCCGAGAAUAAUCCCAAUAAGGGCAUUUGGGUAUUUUGUGUUUUGGAAUCUCUUGAGACGAAGUUUAGGCACUAUUCCUAUAAAUUUAUGAAACAAGAAAAUAAUCUUAUUUUUUUGUAUUACAUCAAAUUCUGUGAACAAAAUAUUUUUUGCUAAUUCAUCAAUCAUUCUGCAACAUUAAUGUGUUAAUAUAGAUAUGUGUAAAUUUGGAUAGGACAUAAAUUCAUAUUGAGUCUUUAUUUUUUUAAUAUUUAAAUUCCCCCCUUAAAUUGUUAGGAAAAUAUUUUAAUACGCGGUUUUUUUGUAUGGGUCAUUUUGUAUAAAUACGUUUCCGUCGGGCUCGACGAUACAGUUAGAACGUGUUAAUAGAUUUUCGCAUAAACCACCGACACUCGAGAAUCGUUAUCAAUUUUUCUGAGUGAAUCUGAAACAUACUUAUUACUAAGUAUGUUUUGUAAGUUGUUAUCUACAAUUUCUAUAAAAUAAUCAAGUUUGGCAUUGAUUAAUAAAUUUGUUUUGUGUAACUCUCUAUGAAAAUGGAGAUUUUUGCUUGUAGAUGGAUUUAAAUUAAUCGCUUAUUUUUGUUUAUUUAAUUUCAAAGCGGGUUGGACAGAAAUAAUCCAGCCUGUAUUCAGGUAUAUUGCAGAUUAAGUAAUUUUGUUCUAAUUCCAUAUACCGAGAUAAAUGAAGGUCACAACAUAAAAUUUAUAAACUUCUAAUACGUAAUUAGGUUACAUGGUUUUUAUUAGACAAAAAAAUGCUUCACAUUGUUAGUCCAAUAUAUAAACUACCUUCUAUGAGAAAGAUUGAUGGAAGCACAUUAGGACUGUAUCCAUAAACAAAAGUCGUAUAUGAAAAUAAAAGUGGAAUAUGGAUGAAAAUUCAUAAUAAUCCCUUGUUAGGAAAAACCUGGAAACAAAUGUCCCUCGUGUACGAAAUACUGACUGGAUGUAAUUUAAUUCCACUUAAUUUAUUGUAAUGCUGUAAAACUUUACUUUUUACGUAAUGUAAACAAGAGCACAAGUAUCAGUAUGAAUUGAUGGUAUUUGAUGUAAAAACCCAUUGUGGUGCUCGACUGAAAAAAGGAUUUUUAAAACAAGUAAUGGAAUGUAAUUUUAAGCUCUGCUAAAUAUAUUAUUAUGAUUAAAAUAUCGUAAUAAU